AUGCAGCAAACUGAGCUUGCCUAUUUGGCUUCACCUCAGCGGCUGUUGGAGAUGAGGUCCCAGGUAUGUCAUCUACAACUUCUGGGUCGCGGUGGCCAGGCCGUGGUGCUUCGCGGUGUGUGGCAGCUGGCAGAGGUAGCAGUCAAACUCGCGGUCGCCAACCCUGCCACAACCCCCGCCUCCGCGUUCACCAAGCUGCUGCUCGAGGGCCCGCUCAGCAAGCGACUGCGCGCACCCAACGUGGUGGAGACCUACUGCUAUAGCUGCACCCGGCUAACAUUAGAAGACCUACAAGCAUGCCACGCUGCAGACGACAACAAAACCGCAGCCGGACCGGCCGACGUGGCCAGCUGCCUGGACACCAGCGACACAUCCGAUGACAAUCCCAUACUGAAUUCAAUCCUCGGCCAGCAGAUGCAGCCCCUUUCCCGCCCAUCCAUUUCCGGUGCCGGUGCCGGUGGCCACGGCGUGGGGCCACCUGGCGCCAUGUAUUGGUUGCGGGGCUCGUUCGACAGCCUCGAUGGCUUUGGCAAUCCCAGCGGAUUGAGAUCCUCGGCAUCUGUAAUUCCGUACUCGGACGCGCUUAGCUUGGUGGGCGGCGCCCCGGGUUGCUUCCUUACGCAGAUAGUCAUGGAGGUGGCGCUGUUCGCGUACAUCCGUACGCUGUACGACAUAGCUGCGGGCAUGUCGUAUCUUCACUCUAAUGGCGUCAUACACGGCGAUCUCAAGCCCGGCAACGUCCUGCUGCGAUCCAGUCGCGCCGACCCGCGAGGCUAUCAGGCCAAGCUGUCAGACUUCGGACUAGCACACUGUACUGGAGGGAACGAUAACGACUUCACCACCACCCAAGCUGACUGGUCGUCCCAUCCUUACAUGGCGCCAGAGCACUUCGACGGGUGUUUGUUUUUGUCCAGCGACGUGUGGAGCUUCGCCGCCACCGCACACCACAUGUGGACGGGCCGCCUACCGCACGCGGGGCUGCACCCGCUGCAAGUGUGCGCCGGGGUGUGUGACGGCAGCUUGCGUCUGGAAGCGCCGCCCGGUAUGCCACCGCAGCUGUGGCGGCUGCUGCAAGCCUGUAUGGCGCAGCAGUGGAGGCGGAGGCCAACCUUCCCGCAGAUUCGCAGGGCGCUGGCCAGGAUGGAAGCAAAAUGGUGUGGCAAGUAA